CCUAAAGCUUCCCGUGGAAGCUACAAAGCACAGGUAAUGUAACUCACUUUGAUGGUGCAUAACCAGAAAGUAGACGAUCCAGACUAGGCAUCAUCACAGUCCUCCCAUUCUCGCAAUCUCAAGAAUGGCGACAAUUCGAAGGCGAAAGGCACCGGAGGUUCUUUGGAGGCUAUUCAACGACCGAGCACGAACCCUAGCUGAGACGAUCAUUUCAAUGGUCCCUCACCCACCCCCAUCGCCACAGUCUUGCCUUUGCAAGGGCCGCGGUUGCCUCCAGUGCUGCCAAGACGCCAUGUCAUUCCUUCUCAAACCAGGUGACCAUCCCGAGUACCGCCGGAUCCUCAAUCGCUGCUUCAUCGUCAUCAACAGAAAUGCGCCCCCAACCGGACCUUUCUAUCCCCAGAGUAGAUGGCCCCAAAACGAGAUUGUGCCAAGGGUUAUUGAAAUGAUGUUGCAUGAGGAACCUAUGUCUUCGAAUGUGAUUUGUAGUGGUUACAACAAGUAUAACCGUUCAAGCCCAAUUGUAAAACUUCUAACAGGUCCGGCAUGGGGUAUCCUUUCAGAAAGGGUUGGGGAUGACCUCAUGCUUUAUCUUUUAAAGUAUACAUCAAUAUUUUUGCCACUUUCCCGUAAGAAACACCAUCAAGUUUCAGGUUCACCUAUUAGCAAUUUCGUCAAGUUGUCAAAGCACAAAACACAAUCUCAGUGUCAAUUUCCUUCAGUCUCCCAAUUCGGACCAAGGUGGAGGAGUGGUAGUAACAUCAGUUCAAUUUUAGAGAGGCAGCAGCCAAUUUGUCUCGGUGUUGACAAUCCAUUCGGUUCUGAUAGUCAUCUAGGUUCAAAUGAUGAUUGUUUGUCAAGCGUCUGUUCCAGUCGUGCUGCAAAUAAUAGCAAUCAGAUUGAUUUCUCUGGAGCAUCUGCACUGACAUCUGGAUCUAUCACUGCUGGCUAUGAAACCUGUUCGAAUGUGGAACUUCAUUGUUCAGAUAAGAUCACAGCUAAACUCCGGAAGCAUCCACGGCCAUUUAGUGGGCAGGGCCACCGAAAGCGACGACAGUUAAAUAUACUGGAAACUGGUUGUGGGAUGGCUAGCACAGUUACUUGUCUAAAUGAAGCAGCUGGACUGACAACUGCAGCUGAACCAUCUCUGUAUCAAGGACAUUCAGAUGGACUCCAAGACUCUAAUAAAUCUUUGCUGAAGCUUAGAAAGCAUUCAAGGCCAUUCAGUUGGCAGCGAAGCAGAAAACGCAGACGGCUCAAUUUUCAAGAAAACAAUAAUAAGAACUCGUCCGCAACUUUCAGUCCUACUGAUGAAAGUAGCUUACCUGGGGAACUUAAAUGUGACCUCAACAGCUAUUUACAUCAAUUCCAUAAAAAGACACUGCAAAUAUGCUCCUGUUGUUCAUUGUUGCAAGCUUCCCAGUUAGAGAAACAAGGGUUGGAGAUUGAUAGGCAUUUCAUAUUUUAUGAUUCAAAAUGUUCCUCGUCACUUUUUCCACCUAAUCAUAUACUUGAUUCCUUGAAGCCCAAUUUUGUGGGUUCAAGGUUUCUUAUUGCAAAUGUCUUCAGAUUGUCUGAUUUGAAUGUUGGUGCGCAAUCAAUGCCUUGCUCACACAGAAAUGGCUUUUGUCUUAAUGGAUCUACGUGCCAGUAUCAUUCAAUCCUUAAGCUGCUUAAGAACCUUAUAAGGAGAGCUCGUUGCUGCCAGUAUUUGAGAUUAUUGGAUAAACAUUGUCCUUUUCCGUCACCUGAUCAAAAUGCCACUGGAAAUACAAUUUCACUGCUUGAGGAGGAUGGAAAGGAGAAAAAGUUAUCCAGGAAAUUUCGUGAUUUUAAGAGUGGAUGUUUGAAGGAAAUUGUUGAAACCAAUGAUCCUAAGAUUGCUGCAAUCAAGUCUUACUGCUCAAAAAGUCAGGUUGUCUCGUUCAUAUGGUCUGUUUGUAGGAGCAUAGUUCCUCCAGCUUUGUUAGGAUCUCCUUCCAACCAGAGAAGGCUGAGGCGAAAUGUUUCCAAGUUCAUUCGGCUACGUAGAUUUGAGAAGUUUUCUCUAAAGCAAUGUAUGCAUAAAUUGAAAACUUCUGGGUUUGAAUUUCUAUCAAAUAAUACCCCUUCAAGUCUCCCAAAUACUCAGGUUUUGAAACAUACAUCAAGGCAGGGAUGUCAUGUAUCAAAUGAUGGUGCGCACAAAAUGAAACAAAAAUUUCUGGAGAUCUGGACAUCUUGGUUCUUCUCAUGUCUAAUUGUACCAUUGGUGCAAGCUCAUUUCUAUGUCACCGAAAGCCAGCAUGGGAAACAAGAUAUAUAUUAUUAUCAGAAGCCAGUUUGGGAAAGAUUAAGGCAAGAAGCAAUUAGUUGCCUGAAAGAUCACAACUUUAAGUGCUUGGGUGAUACAGAUGUUAGAAAAAUUAUAUGCACUAGAUCAUUUGGUUUUUCAAAGCUCAGACUAUGUCCAAAAGAAAAUGGGGUAAGGAUGCUUGCAAAUCUUCGAGCACCAUCAAGAAUGGCUUUUAAGGAGUCCCUUUGUGGAACAUGGAGAAAAACACUAAUGCAUUGUGAUUCAGUCAAAUUUAACUAUUUCAAACCUGUUAACUUCAUUCUUCGUGAUGCACAUGCUGUUCUAAGAGGUUUGAGAUCGAAAGAACCAGAUAAGUGGGGCUCUUCAGUAUUUGAUUACAAUGAGGUGUAUAGAAGGUUAUGCCCAUUUUUAAUUGGUCUAAAGAAUGGAUUGACCACUCUGCCAGAACUGUUCAUUGUUGUCUCUGAUGUAUCAAAGGCAUUUGAUUCUAUCGACCAGGAUAAAUUGCUUAGCAUACUGAAAGAGGUCAUAGUGAAGGAUCAGUAUUUUCUACAACAGUCUGAUCAAGUUGUCUGCAGCAAGAAAUCAUUGUGGGUUCACAAUACUAUUAGAUUAACAGAUAAAUCCACCAGCUCUGAUUUUGGAGGAUCCACAUCUUCAGUCCCUUUUGGCUCGCUACAUAGUGUCCUUGUUGACCUGGGGUGCAGCAGGAGUGUGAAAAAGGAAGAGCUCUUUUUCAACCUAUAUGAGCAUGUGAAACACAAUGUGUUGCUUUUAGACAGAAAGUUUUACUUGCAAAGCAUAGGCAUACCUCAAGGAGGUGUCUGCUCCAGUCUGCUCUGUUCAUUAUACUACGGACAUCUUGAAAGGAAUGUGAUCUUUCCUUUUCUGGAAAAAACUUUUGAAUGUCCUGGUGAUUUAUCAAAAAGACAUAAUUUUGAUGCUUCUUUCAGUCAGAAUUGCCCCAAGGAUGAAGUUACAUCCUCAAAAUAUGUGCUUCUUAGGUUUAUUGACGACUUCCUUUUUGUAUCAACCUCGAAAAAGCAGGCUGUUGGAUUCUUCUCCAGGCUGCAGAGAGGAUUUCGGGAUUACAACUGCUAUAUGAAUGAGGGGAAGUUCUGUUUUAACUUUGACGUCGGGCAUGUGUCAGUGCCAUUAUCAAAUAUGGUGUGUAUGGGUGAAAAUGGGAUCUCUUUUCUUCGAUGGAGUGGUUUGCUUUUAAAUUGCAGUACUUUAGAAGUGCAGGCGGACUAUACAAGGUAUUUAAAGAACAAGCUAAGUUCGACUCUUACUGUUACCUGGCAUGGUAAACCUGGUCGUCAUCUUAAGGCAAAGCUGCGUGGGUAUAUGAGACCUAAAUGCCAUUCCAUCUUCUUUGAUUCCAAUGUUAAUUCAGCGGCAGUUGUUAGGUUAAACGUAUUUCAAGCUUUUCUGUUAUGUGCAAUGAAGUUCCAUUGUUAUGUAGCUGACUUGUCAUACAUUUGCAAACUGCAACCAAGAUACUAUUUCAAGAUGAUUGAACAGUCUUUGAGGUAUAUGCAUUCUCUCAUAAAGAAAAGGAUACGACAUUUUGUUUCCGGGUAUAAUUUCCGUCCGGUACUCCAGUUGGAGGGGGCAGAAGUUGAAUGGCUUGGACUAAAUGCCUAUAUUCAAGCAUUGAACAGAAAGCAAUCCAGGCAUAAGAAGCUGCUGUCGCUGCUGAAAUGUAAGUUGAUGGUCCAGAAAAUAGCCAGCAACGUCUCGUCUGAACUGAAGUAUGCUGUUGAUCCCUUACAUUCUUCAUUCAUGUGGAAGAUCAAGUAUUAGAUUCUUGGAGGUGUGAUGCAUGAUUUUUUGAUGAUAGACUUGCCUUUCUGAAAUCUUCUCAUUUAUAAGUUUUUCUCUUUAUUUUAUUAUAUGUUAUCAGAAGAUACUAAGAUAGUAGGUUGUCUUCUAGAAAUGUGUAACCAUUUGCUGAACAAAAUCUUGGCUAUGUUUAACGGCCUUUCAUGGUUACAUGUUAUGAGCUAUUUUUAAUGCAGGAGAACUUGGCAUUUGGCACCCACUAUAAUAAUCUCUUAUAGAA